UUUUUAAAGUGACUGAAAAGAAGUGAAACUACGAGAAUUUCUCGAUUUUUUCUGUUAUUUCGUUGGAAAAACUUGCUGGACAAGAAGGAGAAGAUUCUGCGUUUCUGUGAGGAGUUUCUGGAAGUUUUUUCGCAAAAAAAAAAGCAAAAAAAAAAAACCAUGGAAGGUCCAAUGUCCCCGAUGGAUGUGAAGCCAUUGGAGUUGCAGCAGCUCAACAACAACAACUUGCAAGGCGCUUAUUCUGCCAUGUCUCCGAUGUCGAUGCCACCAACUCCGGCCCCAAAUUACCCGCCGAAUCAUCCGCUUUCGGGUUCGAAGCAUUUAUGUUCGAUUUGCGGCGACAAAGCGAGUGGCAAGCAUUACGGCGUUUACUCGUGCGAGGGUUGCAAGGGAUUUUUCAAGCGAACCGUGCGCAAGGACUUGACUUAUGCAUGUCGCGAAGACCGAAAUUGCAUCGUGGAUAAGCGUCAGAGGAAUCGUUGUCAGUAUUGUCGGUACCAAAAGUGCUUGAUGUGCGGCAUGAAACGCGAAGCGGUGCAAGAAGAACGAAGUCGCGGCUCGAAAAAUAACUCAGCGACUCAAAAUCAAGCUGCUAAUAACAAAGCGGAGGAACUUUUCCCGACAUCAACUGUGAAAGACUUGACUGUCGAACGAAUUCUCGAUGCCGAACAGAAAAGCGAAACGCAAAAUCGAGACAAUGCUGUCCCUUACUUGCGUGUUGGCUCGUCUCCGAUGGUCCCCGACGAAUAUAAGGGACCCGUCAACAGCUUGUGUCAAGUCGUGAAUAAGCAAAUUUAUCAAUUGGUCGAUUUCGCGCGACGCCUUCCGCAUUUCACUUCGUUGCAAAAAGCGGAUCAAGUGAUGUUGUUGCGUUCCGGCUGGAAUGAACUCUUGAUCGCGACUGUGGCAUGGCGCAGCGUCGAAUAUGUCGAAGCAGAUGAAAGUGUGAAUCUCAUGGGAUCGCAAGAGCGACGUUACAGACAACCCUGUACCAUGUGCAUCGGUCCCAAUUUUACGAUGGAUCGCAGUAGCGCGGUACGAGCCAAUGUCACUUCCACAUUCGACCGCAUUCUCACCGAACUCACGAUAAAAAUGAAAAAAUUGAAUUUGGAUAAGACCGAAUUGGCGUGUCUCAAAGCGAUUAUUUUGCUGAAUUCGGCGACGCAAGGACUUCAGGCGAAAAACGAGAUCGAGGCAUUGCGCGAAAAAGUCUAUGCCAGCUUGGAAGAGUACUGCCGACGAAAUCAUGCUGCCGACGAUGGUCGUUUUGCGCAACUUUUGUUGCGUCUGCCCGCAUUGCGAUCCAUCAGUCUCAAAUGUUUGGACCAUUUGUUCUUCUUCCGCUUGAUCGGUGACACGCCCAUCGAGCAAUUUUUCAUGGAAAUGUUGGACAAGCCCAAGGAACAACCCUUUUAAACUGCUUUUCUCGUCUUUUAUCUUUGUACUUUAAUUAAAUUAACUUUCGUAGGUAAGCUUCAUGAACAAACACAACACACUUUUUAAAGGUAAGUUGAACGAUGAUCCUCACUUUAACACACUCCAGUAUAGAAAUAAUUAUUAUUAUAUAUGAUAUACUUUAUAUAAAUGUAAUCCCCAUGAGCAAAAAAAAAUAUGAAAGGAAAAAUCAGGAAACUGGAAUGCCUUUGAGAGAUAUGAUGAGACUUGAACAAAAAAAAUAUAUAUAUUCAUAAAGUACUAACAAAACAAAGAAAAGAAAAGAAUUUAAUCAUAAAAAAUAUAUAUUAAUAUGACGUAGAUACUUAAAAAAAUAACAAAAAACGAACAAAAC